AUGACUGAUAACAUCAAUUUAGAAACAUCCGAAGCCAAGCCAGAGUGGACUAUCUUGUAUCACGUACCAGGAUUAUGCAAAGGUCGCGGAGAGUUCUUGCGUCUCAUGCUUGAAGACAAAGGGAUAUCGUACGUCGACACCGACGAGAAUCUUUAUGGGCCGGAAGGUCUGACGGAUGUUUUCCGAGGAUCCUUGGAGGCAAUCGACGCGGACAUCGACAAUCCCAAAUACCCUUAUCCAACAAUGUUUCCACCUGUAAUAUGGCAUCGUCCAACCAAUGGUGACCCUCAAGUCCUCAUCAAUCAGGUUGCGGCUUGCAUGAUCUACAUUGGUGAUGUGCUGGGCUAUGCUCCAAGUACGAUUGCCGAGAAAGCAAAGGCAAACGCCAUUCUUAUGAAUGCCAUUGAUUACAUCACGAACGGUCGCAGUAGUUUUCAUCCUGUAGAUAAUCAUGCGAGUUACAAGGACCAGAAAGAGCAAGGUGAUCAAGCUUCCUUGGAAUUUUCGCAAGGGCGAAUGAAGAAGUACUUGCACCAUUUUCACAAAAUUGUCGCUCGGAACGGUGGUUCUCGCAAACCGGUAGCUGGUGGUGAGUUUGUAACUUACGCCGACUUUGCUCUGUUUCAUGUAUUGGAUGCGACUAUUGCCCAGUUCAAUACUGACUUUUACGAUAUGGCAUGGGAUACCACAAAUGUGCCAGCAUUGAAGGACUAUCACGCUUGGAUGAAAUCCCGGCCCAUGUUGCAAUCGUAUUUUUUGUCGGACCGGUGCGCUCCCUUUGCCGGUGAUAGCAUGAUGUAG